UAGUGGGGGUAGCUGCGUGGGUCGCCAUGGGGACGGGGCUGUUCCCGGGGAGGCUGUGAUGGGUUGACAGGUGCGUGACAGUGGGAGCUGCUCUCGGCACAAGCAUGUACGGCAAAGGCAAGAGUAACAGCAGCGCCGUCCCGUCCGACAGCCAGGCCCGGGAGAAGUUAGCACUCUACGUAUAUGAAUAUCUGCUCCAUGUAGGAGCUCAGAAAUCGGCCCAGACAUUUUUAUCAGAGAUAAGAUGGGAAAAAAACAUCACAUUGGGGGAACCACCAGGAUUCUUACAUUCUUGGUGGUGUGUAUUUUGGGAUCUCUACUGUGCAGCUCCAGAAAGACGGGAAACAUGUGAACAUUCAAGUGAAGCAAAAGCCUUCCAUGAUUACAGUGCUGCAGCAGCUCCCAGUCCAGUGCUAGGAAACAUUCCCCCAGGAGAUGGCAUGCCAGUAGGUCCUGUACCACCAGGGUUCUUUCAGCCUUUUAUGUCACCUCGGUACCCUGGAGGUCCAAGGCCCCCACUGAGGAUACCUAACCAGGCUCUUGGAGGUGUCCCAGGAAGUCAGCCAUUACUUCCCAGUGGAAUGGACCCAACUCGACAACAAGGACAUCCAAAUAUGGGUGGGCCAAUGCAGAGAAUGACGCCUCCAAGAGGAAUGGUACCCUUAGGACCACAGAACUAUGGAGGUGCAAUGAGACCCCCACUGAAUGCUUUAGGUGGCCCUGGAAUGCCUGGAAUGAACAUGGGUCCUGGUGGUGGUAGACCUUGGCCAAACCCAACAAAUGCCAACUCAAUACCAUACUCCUCAGCAUCUCCUGGGAAUUAUGUAGGUCCUCCAGGAGGUGGAGGGCCACCAGGAACACCCAUCAUGCCUAGUCCAGCAGACUCAACCAACUCUGGAGACAACAUGUAUACUUUAAUGAAUGCAGUACCUCCUGGACCUAACAGGCCUAAUUUUCCAAUGGGCCCUGGGUCAGAUGGUCCCAUGGGUGGAUUAGGAGGAAUGGAGUCACAUCACAUGAAUGGCUCUUUAGGCUCAGGAGAUAUGGACAGUAUUUCCAAGAAUUCUCCCAAUAAUAUGAGCCUGAGUAAUCAGCCGGGCACUCCUAGGGAUGAUGGCGAAAUGGGGGGAAAUUUCUUAAAUCCUUUUCAGAGUGAGAGUUACUCCCCUAGCAUGACAAUGAGUGUGUGAUCCAUUACCAAGUCUCCUCAUGGAAACCACAGUGAGUCAGCCCUUCACAGAACUACUACGGAAGAAAAUUAUUCAUCACAGUGUACAGUUAAACAAAGGAAUCUCAGUCACACCAAACCAACCUUUUUAUUUCCUGCUCUCUCCCCUAUUUUGUGAAGAAAGCGGGUCCAAACGUGAUUCGAACAACUGUACAGAGCGGCAUAUUAGAAUUGCCCUCAAUGGAACUGCAAAUGAUUAUCUGUGUAUGUAUAUGUGUGGGAAAGAGAAUGUAUUGUAUGUGUGUAUGUUAUACGGACACAUGCACACACAUACAUUGACCCACAGGACAUUGUAAAAUACUAUCACAUGACAUCUUAAGUAGAAAUAAGUAGGGACUUUUAUUCCAUCCUUUUUUUCACGUUUACAUUUUAAUUAUUAAAAGUUGCUCCUGCCCCUCCCUGAUCUAUUUUGUGCUGUGUAUAUCACUGCUUUAUAUAAGUUAUUUUUUAAGGUGAACUCAGAUGUUAUGGUUUUGUAAAUGUCUGCAAUCAUGGAUAGGAAUAAAAUCGCUUAUUUGAGAGCUUUCAUUAAA